AUGUCUGAAAGUCCAAAAAGAGAUUUAACAAUUGAAGAAAAAAGACGUAAAAGGCGUCAACAAAAGAUUUUACAAGGAGCCGGAGACAGAUUGCAUCGAAUUACUACAGUACAUGGUGGGGAAACUCCAUCUUUAUUCACCUCUCCAAUGCCAAGUCAGCAGUCUUCGCCGACUAGUAGUGACGCACCAUUUAAUCCUGUUAUUUCUAGUAGAAAAUGUAAUUAUUUGAAGAGAGAAUGGAUAAACAAUAGCAGCAAUAAUGAUCAAAUAAGCUCUUCUAUUAUACACGAAAAACCUGAAUCCGGUUCAUUAGCCUCCUCAAGCUCAAUGCCACAUAUAAAAACACCUACUAAGGAAUAUUUGCGACAAAUGCUUGAAAAUAUGCGUAAACAUAAUAUUAGCACCGGAUCAUUUACUUCGACUAGUGGAGCAGGGGGUGACACCUCACUUCCUGGUGAGUUUAAUGUAUCAUCAAAGUCAUCAUUAGAAGAACAGCAGCAACAAUUAUUUCAAUCGUCAUUGUUAUCAUCAAGUGAAGAGACAUCACCACAAACAAUGUUUCCGUUCCUUUCCCCUGAGAUGAGGUUACUUGGAUCAACAUUUGGUAUUGGGAUCGGUGGACAAAACAAUUCGAAGAAUUCAAGAGCUAAAACAUGGCAAUUGAUCCAUUUUGUAGUAACGUUUUCGCUUGCACUUUAUAUUGUUAGUUAUAAAUUGUUAUUUGGAGUUAACUCGUGGCAUCAUUUUAAUUAUUUAAUUUACGAUAACCCAAAUUAUUUGAGUAAUAAUGAAUUAAGUAUCCCUCUAUUUUGGUAUUUUAUAACGCUGGAGCUCAUUCUACAUGCAACACGGUUUUUCUUAGACCAGCAACAAUUGCAAGAGAACAAGCCAUUCCAUGAUUCUAUCAAUUUCGUACCAAAUCUUCCAUACCCGUUGCCACAAGUAAUCACCAUUUUGAUGCGGUACCGAUUAAUUUGGAAUAAUUUCUGGGAAGAUCUUUGUACCAUGGUGUUUGUGUUUGGAAUUACCAUCACAUUUUCUUCUUUUUUCGCAUACUGGCUGCCAAGGCAAUAA